CCCCUGCACUGCAAGUCGCCGUUCCAUGGCGCCGAUUGCUUGGACGCGCCAAAGCGGCUUAGCCCACCAGUCCGUCACAUCGCGCCCCCCCCCAGGCCUGGGAAAUUAUCACAACAGGGGAGGGGGGAGGGGCGGGCAGCACUACACUCUGCAACUUGCGGCUUUCUUAUAUGGGCUUUUUAUUGAUGGGGAGGCCCAGGGAUGGCGGCGGACUUUUGAAUGAGGAAACCUCUUUUUAUUUUUCCUGAAGGGAUCAUGGGUUCGUGGGAGCAGUAGAGUCUGUUUCUCGUCAUUGCCCACAUUUCGUUUCUCUCACUCACUCACUCGUCCUUUUCCGGUUUCCGGUUUCUUUCACUCAUUCAUCCACUCAUUCAUUCACUCGCUCGUUCGCUCACUUCUCUCUUCAUCUUACAUUCGUUCAACCACGUUCGUUUUCCACCCAAUCGACCCAACCGGCGUCGUUCCCUUGACGUGACAGCGAAACCGGGGACUGCGGAUAAAAAAAAUAUAAAAAAAAAGGCAGCACAUCCACGCUCUGGUGACGCGCCCAACGAGCCCUCCGAACGACGACCCAUCGGUCCUGAAACCACGCUCAUUCUAUCUGUAUACAUACAUACCCAGGGGGCCGGCGAGAUUCUGCCAUCAUCUCCCCCUCCCCAUCUGGUCUCGUUCAGGCCGAGAUGACGGCGCAGGACGUGGACGCAUAAUAAUACAUCAAGACGAAGACUCGAAAGGACCUAUUGAGGAGGAUAUCGGGGGGGACCCUUAAGGAGGACACAACCUAUUGAAGCCCAGCCAAAGUCCAACAGGACCCUACAUCGACAAAGACCUCAAAAAACAUGAUGAACGACCGCCCUCCCCCGCCGGCCGACCCGGACCCCGUCGUCCCGCGCGAGCUGAAGGCCAAACGUGCCGUGCCGUCCCCGCGCAAGGCGCCUACCGUCCGCAGCGGCAAGGGGUCCAUCUUCGGCAAGGCCUCGAUCCCGAGCGUUUACUGGGCCGGCGAUGACGACUCGACGCCCGUCAACAACGACGAGUUCACCUUCUACCGCGAGGGCACGCCGCCGCCGCCCGAGGGGGGCCGGGAGAGCGAGAAGGACGCCCUCGCGCGCGCGAGGGGCUACCGACAGAGCGUCUUCGAACACGACGAGGAGGACAGCGAGCGCGGCAGGCGACGCAGGUGCUGCGGCAUGAGGGCGUGGGUGGCUUGGCUUCUCGUCGCGCUGGUCGUCGUCGUCGCGCUGGGAGUCGGUAUCGGCGUCGGCGUCGGCGUCGGCGCCCGCGUCAGGACAAAGGCGGACCAGGCGGCCUCAGAUGGGAGUGCUGCUUCGAUCGGUUCCUCCCCAACUGCGACACCGACUAUCCUAAUCGUCCCGACCAUGUCAAGUUCGUCAAUGGGCAGUAUCACCACCACCACAGGAUCAACGGCGGCAUCGACAGCACCACCAGCAUCGGCAUCGACAGCAACAAGAGCAGCAUCAGAAUCAACAGCAGUAGCAUCAUCACCAUCAUCAUCACCAUCACCACCCCCACCGUCAUCAUCACCAGCAACGACCGUCAUGUCGAUGCUGGACAGCGUGUCCCCGACGUCGACGACGGGCAGUUCGACCACGACAGCGUCCCCGACGGCGACCUCGGGCCCCAACGCCAUCUGCCCAGAGGCCGACAACACCGUCUACCACGUCAUCGGCUCCGACAAGCGCUUCCUGCGCCUCUGCGGCCUCGACUACACCGGCGACGACGGCGCCAUCGACAUGUCCGAUGCCCCGGCGUCCACCAUGGGCGAGUGCAUGGAGCAGUGCGCCCGCGUUGCCCAGUGCACCGGCGUCUCGUGGGGCAACGUCUUGAUCAACGGCGCCCCCGAGCUGCGGUGCUGGCUCAAGCGCGACUUGAAGAAAUCCCGCGCCACCGUCGCCAACUGGAACUUUGCCGUCCUAUUAUGAUGGAGAAUGAGAGAGAAGGUGUUUUUCUUUGGGAGGAGUUAUACUGGGGCAAGAAAAGAUAAUGAUAAUGUCUCUUGUGUUGAUAGACACGAGUUGGGAGAUGGAUAUAUAUAUGGGCAUGAGAAUACCACGAGAGACGGCGCACAUGGAGUCCAAUCACACCAUGGACAGACUUCAGGCAAAACAGUACAUUAGUUGAAAAAUGUUCUUUUCUUUUCAUCAUGACCCGAAUCGUCAAGUUCUUCGUGGAUCCCAAGACAUACAUAAUAACCAAGUCAUAU